AUGUUCUUCAAGAAGUCUACUGCUGCGGCCGCGGCUGCGUUUGCUGGAGUUGUCGUCGCUAUCAUUGACGGAGGCGCCUGCGCUCAGAAUCAAGUCAACGGUCUCCGUGAGCGCGACGAUGGAGACUGGACCACCGUAUCGCUCACCACUACCGUUUACGGCACCACGACCCAGACCGUCCAGUUGACUGCCGCUGAGGUGACCAGUACCUCUUGCUUGACCACCACCUAUGAGACUACUUUCAGCCCUGUCGAGACCGAGACUGGUUCCCCCGUUGAAGGCACGUACACGUCCAUUGCCAGUCCUGGGGGUGUCACUACCGAGACGUCUACCAGCGUGGCUUACGCCACAGAGACCUCCACCAUCGACACGUCCAGCAGUGAGACUUCCACCAGCGAAGCUCCCACUACCACCGAUGUCACCAUUAUCGUCCCGGCCUCGACUGUUAUUGCCAACACUACCACUGACUUGGUCACCUCUCAUUUCACGGUCACUGUCAAGAGCGGCACCCUCACUUCCACCAUCUGGGCUACUGCUUCCGAAACCAUCAGCGUUACCAUUCCCAGCAGUGGUUUCCCUCUGCCGAGCUACAACUCCACGGCUACAACUGUGGCCAGAACCACGUACACCAACACGACCACUGUUGUACCUGCCACCAGCUUCUUGUCAUCCUACACCUAUCUUUCCUCCGGCACUCCUGCCUCGGUCGGGUUUACCACUACUGGCUACGGCAGCCCUUAUGCAUCUGCCACCAUCACUGCUGGCGCUUCCGUCAUGGAGGCCGGCAGUCUACUCGGUCUCUUUGGUUUCUUGAUGGCUCUGUUGGCAUAG